UAAUAAAGGGCCGAGGACUUCUGGCAGCGCUUCAGCCUCGCCUGCGUCUUUAACGCUCAGAGGGAAGCGCCAAGCUGCCACUUUCAUUUCCCCUUCGAAACAAACUGCACCACUUUCAAUAGCCAUAAAGAGGAAGGUUCCUCCUGACCUCAUACACUCCACGGACAGCCAGGCCGGCGCACCUCCACGCAGCCGCCUCGGACCCGCGCUCCGCCAGGUCAGUGCUGCCGAACAGCGGGACAAGUCGCUCGCUGGGAAGUCAAGGGCGGCCGCGCGCAGCCCGCCAGCGUACACAGUCUCGAGCGCAACUUGGAACUACGGCCGAUCGUCCACGACGCUCGCUCUUGUACUUCCGUUAAAGUUGUGACGCGCUGCCUGGUAACGCGCUCGAAGAACAGUGACCGGUCUCGUCGUCCAAGGAGUCGAACGCGCUGUUUCCCCAUCGCGGCCACAGAAAUCCGGGUUCCACGUCGUCUCUCGUUCGACCACUAGAUGGCAGAAGAAGCGGACAACGUGUACAGGGAAGCGGAGCCGCUCGGGGCGCCCCCUGCAGGCGAUACAGAGCUUGUGCAGCCUGUGGGCAAUGAGGGAAAUAUGCAGGAACAGAUGGACGAGUUCCUAGAUCCUCACUCAGAGUAUGACGAGGAAGAGGAGGAGAGGAAGUACUACCGCAGGAAGAGGUUGGGCGUUGUCAAGAACGUUGUGGCUGCCAGCACCGGCGGGAUGAUCACCUACAGCGUCUAUAUAGGCCUGCUCCAGAUGCAGCUGAUCCUGCACUACGAUGAGACCUACCGGGAGGUCAAGUACAGCAGCAUGGGCCUGGAGGACAUUGACAGCAAGAUGCUCAUGGGCAUCAAUGUUACACCUAUCAUUGGCCUCCUCUACACUCCUGUCCUAAUCCGGUUUCUGGGUACCAAGUGGAUGAUGUUUCUGGCUUCGGGAAUCUACGCUCUUUUCGUGUCAACUAAUUUUUGGGAGCGUUACUACACGUUGGUACCAUCGGCAGUGGCUAUCGGGGUGGCCAUCGUCCCAUUAUGGGCCUCUCUGGGGAACUACAUUACCAGAAUGGCCCAGCAGUACUAUGAGUUUGUCAACUACAACGAGAAGCACGUCCAGGAGCAGAAGAAGAUCCCCAAGGGGGCUUGCCACCGCUACAUUAUCAUCUUCCAGUCUGUCUUCUACGUUAUUUUCCAUCUCUGCCUCGUUUUUGCCGAGUUCCCGAUGGUCUUCUUCCUCAACAACUUCCUCUAUGACUACAAUCACACGCUCUUCAAAGUGACCGAAUGCGGGGCCAGCUCCCAGGGCUACAUUUCAGGCCUCAACAAGACGGUCCUGCUGCACCUUCCUCGCUCUCUGCUCCUCAUCAAAGUGGAGAGUGUGCUGAUGGGGGCUGCUUUCCUCGCCAUGAUCAUCUUCCUAGUGCUAUGCGGUGCUGCAUACCGCCCCACGGAGGAGAUCGACCUGCGCAGCAUUGGCUGGGGAAACAUCUUCCAGCUGCCCUUCAAGCACCUGCGGGACUAUCGCAUCCGGUUGCUCUGCCCCUUCUUCAUCUACAGCGGCUUCGAGACGCUGUUUGCCGUCACCGGUCUCAUUAUGUCCUACGGCGUAUGCACCCUUGGCCUCGAGAGGCUCUGGGCCCUAGUCAUGGUGUAUGGCCUGUCAGCGUCCGCCUCCUCGACGUUAUCCCUGUCGUUCCUGUGCCUGCCCCGCCUUGUGCCGCUGCUUGGCGGCGCCGUAUUGCACGUCUUAGUGCUCGUGGGGCUCAUGACCUGGUCCCCGAUGCCGGGAAACCCCUCCUGGGAGCCCCUGCUCCUGGUUCUCGCAGCCCUGUGGGGGAUAGGAUCGGCGCUGAACAAGACCGGCCUCAGCACUCUACUUGGGAUGCUGUAUGAGGACAAGGAGCGGCUGGACUUUGUCUACACAAUCUACCACUGGUGGCAAGCCAUUGCCAUCUUCAUUGUCUACCUGUGGUCCAGCCUUCCAAUGAGGGCCAAGAUCUCGAUUCUGUUGGUGACGUUGCUCUUGUCGUGCCUGUGCUACGUGCUUAUGGAACAUCGGGUGAUGAAGAAAGUGCCUUUUCGCUUGCCUCGAAUUCCCCGCCCCAGACACAAGGUGAAAGGUUAUCGCUACCUGGAGGAUGAUGACUCUGAUGAAUCCGAGUCGGAGAAGAGCGAUGAAGAGGACGUGGAGUCCGGCGAGGAAAGGGACAAAGACGCGGAUGGUGAUGGAGAUGCAGACUCCCAGGUCUCUCAUUUGGACUUAGGGGAGGGAGGGGAGAUGGUCCGAGGAUGCCGGAGGAGGCGGGAUGAUGCUUAUGAGCAGGCGGGAGGAAUGGAGUAGAGAGGGGAGGGAGAAUAGACUAGAAGGCUUGUGUUUCGUCAUUUCCAGCUCAAAACAUCCCUGCCUAAAUCAGGUAAUGGAGUUGUACACCAAGAGCUCAUUUUCUCAGCCCUGGUCUAAGUAAAGGGACAAAAGGGACAAAUAUGGACAAAAAGGACAGUGUGUGGUAGUACAGGGCAGAGAAGAGCUCCACGGUGAGACAUUUAAGUAGUGAAGUAAGAUGUAUUUCUGAAAAAAAACUUUGGAAAAACUUCCAGAAAAUGCACAUAUUAUGUGAAAUAUAAGAUUUUUUUAUUACUGCUUCAUGUUUACAUUUCUUUUUUGCUAAUAAGGCUGUCAAGGUCCACAUCCUAUUGCAGUGCCUAUAAAUCACCAGGAAAUU